AUGGCCCCGCCAACGUCACAAACGUGCGCGCCCCCACGGCACACAAACUGUUCCCCGUCCAGUCGACUCUACACCCCCACGCUCUCGUCACUUGCAAAGUCGCGCGCGAACGGCCCGUCGGAGGCGAAAGGGCUGGAGCGGAUGCCCGCGUCGCCGAAUGCGUCGUCGUCGUCGCCCGUGCGACGCCGAGGCUCACCGCGAAUCACGCUCAUGGCGGUCGGAAGACAAGAGCCGCUCGUUUCCCGGCGAAUGGAGAAAACGGCGGAGCUGACGGCGCAACUGACGGAGCUUCGUCAGAUGACGGUCGAGCUGCCGGAGGAAACGGAGUCUGACGAUUCAAGCUCCGUCAACGACUGUGGUUCCGUGAACGAGGCGUCGUCGGGGAAUGGCGAGUGGGAGUCGGACGACGCGGACAGUCUCUCGCGCGUGAAGCAUCUCCGUUAUAAGCUUGCUGCGAGCCCCGUUUCUGUGCUGGACCUCAGGCAGCAGGUGACGAGCUUAAAAAAACGAGGCGAGGAAUAUGACUCGGAUGCAGUGACAACGACAAGCAGCGGAAGCAGCGGAGAGCUGGACCCAUCGUUGGUGCUCCAGGACUUGUUCACUGGCAGCAGUAAAACUGCAGCAAAUCCGUCUUCAUCCCCUUCCCGUUCCUCCUCCGCUUCCUCCUCCCUCUCCUCUCUCUCCUCUCUCUCCUCUGUCCCCUCCCCUACCAUCCUCUCUCCCUUCUCCCCAUUAACUGAAGCUAGAAAUAUGCUUCCUCCUCCUGCUCUUUCCUCCCUCCCUCUCCCUCUUUCCUCUUUAUCUCCGCCUCUCCAUUCCUCUUCUCUCUCUCCUCCCUCUCCUUCUCCUCCUCCUCGCUCGCCGUGCCCUGUGGAAUCUCUGGCUCUUCUGGACCUAUCCAGCACGCAAUCUGUUCUAGCUGACGUGGCAGCAAACGUGGGGCUCGCUGACGUGGCGGGGAUCGAGCAGGACCUGGAGUACGUUCGCCACGUGUUGCUGCUGUCCGGGUUUGCAGGUGAAUCCCUCCCUCCCCGCCGCGACAUCCCAUCCCUCAGGCUCCCCGUGCGUCGAGAGGUGUUCGAACAGCUUGAGAAGGAGAUAACAGGAGAAACUAGCAGCAGCAGCAGCUGUCAAGACAGUGAGGUCGGCAGUCAAGGCAGCAACGGUGGCAGCAGCAGCAGCGACACGAGGUGCACGAAGGGCUCGGAGGAGCGCCGGCAGCGCAUGCUGCUGUUCGAUGCUAUCAAUGAGGCCAUCGGCCGCACACUCGCUCCGUUCCUCAACCCGCUGCAAUGGGACCUUGACACGUGUCCUUCCUCUGCCGCUCGGCCAGUCUCGCUCCGGAAGCUGCACCCGCGACCAGUGGGGAAAGAUCUUCUGAAGAGAAUCUGGGUGGAGAUUCAUGAUUGGCCGAUUCCACCGUCACCCGACGUGUAUGAUGUGCUUGAUGACGCAGCGAGGAGGGAUAUGCAGAAAGGCGUGGAUCGGUGGUCGCAGGAAGAGAUACGAGACUCUGAGGCUGCUACAGUGGCGUUUGAUUUGGAGGAGAUGAUUCUAGACGCUCUUGUUGAGACUGCUUGUAAGGAGUACAGCGAGGUGGAGAGGGAACGGGUGGAGAGGAGGCGAGUGCGGGAGCUGCAGAGGAAAGCGGCCUGGGAGGAACAGGAGAGGGAGAGGCGAAGGUGGAGCAUUGGAGGGAGGGCCUGUGCGGCUGGAAGUGAGGUGCCUAGCAAUGUCUUUGGGAGGACACUGAUCGGGUAUGGUAGUGCUGGGAGGAUGGGAAGGGCAGCGACCCCACAGAGAGGAGGUGCAAGGUCCAGUAGCAGUGAGAGGGCGGCUGGGAAGGGUGUGGGGUUGCAUGGAGUGGAUAGGGCCCCUGCCAGGCCCACCACUCCCGUGAGGGCUGUCACUCCUGGGCGGGGCGUGAGGGCAAUUGGAGUAGGGAAGGUAGGUCAGAGGCCUGUUGGAGGGGUGGUUGGUGGGGAUGUGGAUAGGAGGUGGAGAAACUAA